AUGGCGGCACUAUCACCGUCGCAAGGACGCCAACGAUCAUGUAUCUCCUCUAUUGUGAGUCACCGAAGGUCACACCAACCUGCCAACAGUCCUUAUCCGGCCGUCCCACCGCCGGGUCCGCACACGAGCGGUGGUAGGAAUAUGGCUUCCCGGUGGAUCUAUGUUGCACUGGUAGCACUGGUUGCAAUCACACUGCACGGAGUUGACGCGUCACCGAACGCAACCAUCGCUAAUGGAAGCGUUAAUGGGCGGGUUUCGGAACGGCAUAGUUACAACGUUAGCAGCGAUGAUCUAAUUACGCCGUAUGAGAUCAACGCCGGUUUGCUGGAGUACGCGGCCGGACCGCUGCCGUUGGCGGCGAUAGAUGCAGCGAAACCGAAGCGAGACAAUGCACGGCCGGCCGCUAUCUACAUGAACGAAUUUGCUGUGUAUAUUCCACGGGGUGUUGACGUUGCCGACUCCAUCGCACACAAGUACGGCUUCAGCAAUAUGGGACAGAUUGGUCCCCUGAAGGGUUACUAUCUGUUUCAUCACAAUCACGUGCGCAAACGUUCGAUAGACCGUAGCGAAGUUCAUCACAAUGCUCUUAAUACCGAGCCCGAGGUGCGAUGGGUGCAACAGCAGCAUGAAAAGCCACGAUACAAGCGUGACUAUAGCACGUUCGAUCAGGACUUUGUGCGAUUUCCGGGCUUCCGUUCACUGGUGUCCGGUACGAGGAUGGCCUAUCGUGACACGAGCACCCACAACAUCUUCCCCGAUCCGCUGUUCAAAGAACAGUGGUACCUGGUGAGUGCCAACGGUGGCGCCAAGGAUGGACCGGACAUGAACGUUGGACCGGCCUGGCAGAAGGGUUACACAGGCAAGGGUGUCGUCGUGUCAAUUCUCGACGACGGCAUCCAGCGCAACCAUCCGGAUCUGGCUCUCAACUACGAUCCGGACGCAUCGUAUGAUAUUAACGGCAACGAUUCGGACCCGAUGCCGCGCGAUAACGGUGACAACAAGCAUGGAACGCGCUGUGCUGGCGAGGUAGCGGCCGUCGCCUUCAACCAGUACUGUGGUGUUGGUGUGGCGUAUAACGCAAGCAUUGGUGGUGUACGCAUGUUGGACGGUACGGUAAACGAUGCGGUAGAGGCGAAAGCACUCGGUUUGAACCCGGACCACAUCGACAUCUACAGUGCCUCAUGGGGCCCGGAAGAUGACGGUUCAACGGUGGACGGGCCGGGGCCGUUGGCACGGCGUGCCUUCAUCUUUGGCGUCACCAGCGGCAGACAGGGUAAAGGGUCGAUAUUCAUCUGGGCCUCUGGUAACGGUGGACGUUACACCGACAGCUGCAACUGCGACGGUUACACCAACUCCAUUUUCACCCUCUCAAUCUCCAGCGCCACUCAGGGCGGCUAUAAACCGUGGUAUCUGGAGGAAUGUUCGUCUACGCUAGCAACCACGUACAGUUCGGGUACGCCCGGGCAUGACAAGAGUGUUGCCACCGUCGAUAUGGAUGGAUCGUUGCGUCCUGAUCGGAUCUGCACGGUAGAACACACGGGAACGUCGGCCUCAGCACCAUUGGCUGCCGGUAUAGCCGCACUUGCACUUGAAGCCAACCCGUCCCUGACCUGGCGUGACAUGCAAUAUCUCGUCGUGUUGACGUCGCGCUCCGAUCCGCUCGAGAAAGAACCGGGUUGGAUACUGAACGGUGUAAAGCGCAAGGUAAGCCACAAAUUUGGCUACGGCUUGAUGGAUGCUGGAGCCAUGGUAAGUCUGGCCGAGCAGUGGACCGCCGUACCUUCGCAGCACAUCUGUAAAUCACGCGAGAUCAACGAAGAUCGUCCGAUCGAGGUGUCCGUCGGCUACACGCUCCAAACGCACAUGGAUGUGAACGGGUGUGCCGGCACGGUGAACGAGGUACGCUACCUCGAGCAUGUACAGUGUAAGAUCACACUGCGGUUUUUCCCACGUGGAAACCUGCGUAUCCUACUCACCUCGCCGAUGGGUACCACCUCGACGCUACUGUUCGAGCGACCGCGUGACAUUACCAAGUCCAACUUCGAUGAUUGGCCGUUCCUGAGCGUACAUUUCUGGGGUGAACGGGCGGAAGGCCGCUGGACGCUGCAGAUCCUGAACGGAGGACCACGCCGAGUCAGCCAGCCUGGCAUUCUGUCCAAAUGGCAGCUCAUCUUCUAUGGCACCCAAACCAACCCGAUCCGGCUGAAGUCGGAAGGCACGCGCACCGGAGCGGCUGGUUACUCCGGUUUGAAUCCGUUUGUGUUUCCCACCGAAACGGAUAUCAACCAGCAGGCGGGUUCGCUUGGUGGAGCCGGUGCAGCCUACUAUCAGUCCGAUCUUUACAACAACUUCAUGAACUAUCCGAACCUGUUCAGCGCGGCCGGAAGUGGGAUCGAUAAGACGGUGGCAACGCUGAACGGUCACAACAUUCCGACGGCACAGCGUGAGAACGUGAUGGCCGAUUCGAACAACAAGCUUGUAGUGUUGCACGACUGUGACCCGGAGUGUGAUCAGCAGGGAUGCUAUGGCAAGGGCCCAACGCAGUGUGUUGCCUGUAAACAUUAUCGAUUGGACAACACCUGCGUUAGUCGGUGUCCUCCAAGAAGCUUCCCGAACCAGGGAGGUGUCUGCUGGCCCUGUCACGAGUCGUGCGAAACGUGUGCCGGCGCCGGCCAGGACAGCUGUUUGACGUGCGCCCCUGCUCAUCUGUACGUUACCGACCUGGCCGUCUGCCUACAGGUCUGCCCGGAGGGAUACUACGAAAAUUACGAUAAUCGAACAUGUGUGCCGUGUGAAGCAAACUGUGCCUCCUGCCAGGAUCGGCCCGAUUACUGUACAAGCUGUGAUCAUCAUUUAGUUAUGCAUGAGCACCGCUGUUAUGCCGCCUGCCCGAAGAACACUUACGAAACGGAAGAUUACAACUGCGCCGAUUGUCAUCAGUCCUGUGCCACCUGCAACGGAUCAUCGGAGAGCCAAUGCAUCCUGUGUCGGGCCGGCCGGUUCGCGCACGAAGGCCGCUGCCUGAACGCCUGUCCGGACGGUUACUACGGGGACAAAAAGCGCCACGAAUGUAUUGCCUGCCCGCAUGGCUGUGCCACCUGUGGAAAUGGGGCCGUUUGUCUGACCUGCCACGACAACUGGACCAUGAACCGGAAGGGGAAAUGCAUCGCCAACGGUAACAACAACUGUGACGAAUCGGAGUACUUUGAAAACGGCCACUGCCAUCCGUGCCACUCGACGUGUGAAACUUGUACCGGACCGACCGAGAACGAAUGUUUGACCUGUGCCUCGAACCUGCUGCUACAGGGCCAACGUUGCGUCAACGUGUGUGACGAGGGCUACUACAUGGAGGUGGGUGUGUGUGCCAAGUGUCUGCACACCUGCACCCAGUGUGUCUCGCGCAUGAACUGUACCGCAUGCAUGAAGGGAUUGCAGCUGCAGAGCGGAGAGUGUCGCACUACGUGUGCCGAUGGCUACUACAGUGACCGUGGAACGUGUGCCAAAUGCUACCUUAGCUGCCACACGUGCAGCGGUCCCCGGCGAAACCAGUGCGUCCAGUGUCCGGCAGGAUGGCAAUUGGCCGGAGGUGAAUGCUUCCCGGAAUGUCCGGAAGGAUUCUUCAAGACGAACUUCGGUUGCCAACGUUGCCAUCAUUAUUGCAAGACUUGCAACGGCGCUGGUCCGCUAGCCUGUACGUCCUGUCCAGCGCACAGCAUGCUGCAAAACGGACUGUGCAUCGAUUGUCUCGCCUCGCAGUACUACGAUCCACCGACGCAAACAUGCAAAACGUGCCACGAGUCGUGCCGAACGUGCAGCGGUCCUGGUCAGUUCUCCUGUGUCACCUGCCCCUUCCCACUGCACCUUGAUCGACUCAACCAUCAAUGUGUGCCUUGCUGUGCGGCGGACGCAUCGCCCGACGAUCAAAGCUGCUGCCACUGUGACAAAGCGACCGGUGGCUGUAUCAACGCAUCGCCCGCCGGCAAACGACGCAUCGGUGCCGAGCAACAGUUGCUGCAGUUCGGCGAGGAGAGCAACAGUGGUGCGGCAAAUAUUCCCGGCGAGGGCGCAGAAACCGGCCAGUCCCGCCGGGCCUGGCAGCAGUUCCUAACAAGCACGUCCACGUCGACGCUGAUGGUGGUCGCCGUGUCCGGCUGCCUGCUAAUUGUUACCCUGUUUGUAGUGAUAUUUACUGUUUUACAGAAGCGUAGCCAAACGAUGUACACUGGAAUUAAGUAUAAUAAAUUAGGCAAGAAACCACCGUCGGGCGGUAGCCGAACCACGAGGAUAUCGAUACCGGCCGAUGGCGAUGAUUUACUGGAACCAAUUGUAAAUAAUGGCGACGAAGAGGACGAGGAGGACGACGACGAAGAAGAGUAUGAUGACGAUGCGUACGGCAGUACCGAAACGGCCGGCCGAUCGGUCGACGAGGAGGAGGAGGAAGACGAGGACGCGCAGCAGCUACAACGUGGGGGACGUUUUGACAGCCGGAGGUCAACCGCAGCACUGGCGCCGACCAGCGCCGCACGAGGGAAAAGGACGUUCCGGUAUGCGACUACCGCACGGACCUAG